CUUCUCUGUAUCCUUUUCCUUAUCUCCUCCAUUUUCCCUUACACGACCCGAGAGAGAUGGCAGCAUCAGCAUGCACUGAUAUUCUAACUUUAGGAACUGGCAAGAGCUCGUUGCCGGAGCUGGUGGGAGUCAACGGAGAAGCUGCAGCAGCGACGAUUGUGAGAGAAAACCCAAAAGUUGCUGUCACGGUCAUAGUUAAGGAAGGAAUGAUGGUGACCAUGGAUUUCCAUAGUGAUAGGGUCCGAGUUUGGGUUGAUAAGAAUGGAACUGUGGAGCAGACUCCUCAAAUUGGUUAGCACUAGAAAUUCUCACGAGUUUAAA